CACAAGUUUCAAUGAAAAAAUGCGCCAGGAUUCAAGUUUGGCGAUUGAAUGUGUCUUCACGAAAGCUUUUAGGUUGUAGGAGGUUUGUUUGACUGGAUGCUAACAGUAUUUGGAGUUCGAAUCGAAAGCGUAAAAGUGACUUGUUUACUUUCAAUACCAAUCUAUGUAUUUAUCCUAUUUAUCAUUAGGAAAGAAACAGGAACGAGUCUUACAGAGAUAUGACGAGUUUAUAAAGAGAGGACGAGUACUUUUGCCCAGACUCGAGUCGCAAUUUCACCCUAUUGUUCUGGUAGAAUAUUCUUUUUCCUCUAAACAAUUGGAUUGGUUUUGGUAUGAUAUGUCAUUAACUCCAAACUGUUAUUGUAACUUUACUAAAUGUUAUUUAUUCAUCUGUUUCACUGUGAGACUAUACUUCACAAUAAACCAGUCAAUUUCAAACUUGAGAAUAUACUUAAACUACAAUGACAACUCACACUCGCUGCAAGUCGUAUCCAACUUUGAGUAUUGCUUCAAACUUUCAAAACCCCCUUUUGAGUUGUUUGGUUAAGAACAAGAUAAAAUGAAAUAUGUUGACACUAAUAAUCUUUUGCCUUUACGUGAAGAAAAAGGCUAAAAAACUGGAGUACGGUGUGAGAAUAUUCAACUCAUACUUUCAUAACCCAAAGUACAACAACUACUAGACUACGGAAGCUUGGUUAGUAACUGUUUGGUACACGGGUAAAGUUUUUUUUGGACUUGACAAAGACAAUUCGACGUUUUGUGUAAACAGGCGAGGAACAUAUCCAAAUGGCACCAGGAAAAAGAAAAACGACACUUUCUUUAGGGAAAUAAAAUAUAACUAUUGGUCUUUUUCCUUUACUACCAGAGUCUAUCUUAUUGAUUCAUCACAUUCAGGUAAAUAUUUAGCUCUCUCAAAGAUAAUAUAGAUUGGAAAAUAUCGUCUACUAGCGAAAGAAAGAAUAACUCUAGAAAUUUUGGAAAGAGAAUAUUUCAUGUCCUCUUUGCACGUAAAAAAAACGGUAAAUCGUGAAAUAUACGUGCUACGAAAAGCAAAAGCAUCUCCACUUUUGCUGUUAUAACAGUCAAAACUCUCAAGUUCUUUACGUAAGGUAUAACCAAGACCUUUGUAACUUUUCCAAUUCUAGGAUUGGAUAAUCGAACAAAGAUUAUACUUUGAAGGAAAUAUUACAGUUUUUACACCGCAAGUUGAUAGAAUU